AGAAAACGGCAGUCUUUGAACUCCACAGGACAUCUCCACAGGAAACAACGAGAAGUUCACCUUUAAUGUGAUGCUGUGGAGGAUUGUGGGAGUGGCAACACGUGAUUCAAAUCCGGUGAAGUGCUGUCUGUGGUUUCUGUCGGUUUGAGGCUCAGGAGGGAGAGCGAGAUGGAGAGCGCGUCUGGCAGCUCCACGAUCUCCAGGAGGAGACACGGCGAACGGCGGUAACCAACCACGGGUCCUCCUCUUCGCUUUGGCGUUUCCAAAAAAGAUGGUGACAAAUCCGAAGUCAAGAAAAUGAAGAGGUGAUCCGUUCGCUGACUCGACCUUUCUCUGACUCCUCUCCUUGUCAGAAUCACCACCUCGAGACCUGCAAGAAGUGGAAGGACAGCCACUGAUAAUAAUCACCUGACGCAACACUUUCAGGAACUGUCAAGUGUGAGGAAAUAACCUGGAGCUGUCACGAACCAGAGGUGUCACCAGCUGCAGCUCGUGCUUAAAAAGCCAGGAGUAAAAUCACCGGAGGAGCAUGGGACGUGGAGUUAAGAGCAGCGAGUUGUCGCCUGGAAGUCAGACCCCCAGGAAUAAAUGAGCAGCAGUGGAUUUCGCAGCAGCUCCUCGAGCUUGCUCCGGGGCCGGCGUUUCUACUGCCGGGAAUGGGCCCUGGACAAGCUUCGGCGCUGCCUGGACACCCGCUCCGUGCCGGGGCAGCCACCGGGGCUGCUGGUGACGGGGGGCCCCGGCGCCGGGAAGACGGCCCUGUGCACCGAGGCGGUGUGGCCCACCUCCAAGGCAGGGCUGGCAGCCGGGCUGGCACCGCGCUGCCUGGCCUCCCACUUCUGCCAGCGGGAGGACCAGAGGAGUACGCUGCUGUGGCGGUUCGUCCUGGGCCUGGUGGAGCAGCUGAGGACCUCGCCUCUCCUCUCUCCUGGGUACGAAGAGAUCCUCAACAGCUCGUCGAUAUCCUCUUCUCUGGAGCCUCUCGCCUGUCAAAGAGACCCCGACGACACCUUCAAGAGAGCAGUGUUGGGACCCCUGUUAGACCUUCCUCCUCCCGCCCAGACUCUGAUGGUGGUGGUGGACUCCCUGGAUGUCGGGUAUGGGGAUGUCGAGGAAGGUGCGAAGACCGGCUCCAUUGCGCAGCUCCUGGCCGCCAAUCAACACCUGCUGCCCGGCUGGCUGAUGCUGAUCUGCUCCGUCCGCCGCCAAAACAAGGCUGUGUGCAAGAUGUUCUCAGGUUUUCGUAGGCUUUCUCUGGACGAUCUGCGCAAACCCCCGCCAGUCCGUGACGUGCAGCAGUACAUCCUCUGCCGGCUGGAUGGAGACGCAACGCUUCGCCGCCAGCUCACCCCCGACACGGCCGACAUGCUGAAUCUGCUGCACAUCAAGAGCGGCGGCUGCUUUCUCUUCCUCGAGCGCGUGCUGGACGGCAUAGCGGGCUCGCUGGUGGGUCUCCGGCAGAUCCGCGACAUCCCCGGUACUCUGAACGGCCUCUACCUGUGGCUGUGCCAGAGACUGUUCCCCCGGGGACUCUUCGUCUACGUCAGGCCUCUCCUCAAUGUCCUCUUGGCUGCUCCGAGGCCCCUCACGCCCCAGCAGCUGUUCACAGCAGCCUGGACGCACGACACCUCGCUCAGCCCCCAGGACUUCCAGAACAAGCUCCGAACCCUCGCGCCCCUCCUGAACGACGGCCCCGGGGGCGCCAAACUACUUUUUCAUGCCAGCUUUGCCGAGUGGCUGACAGAUGUUAAGUAUUGCACACAGAAGUACCUGUGUAGCAGAGCAGAGGGUCACGGUAUGCUCGCCAUGGCUCUGACUUUGCAGGGACCCCACCUGGACAUUGAGGACACUUGCCAGCUAGCCACACAUUUAGUUUGCUCAGGUCACCAUAAAGAAAACCCUUCGUUAUUGGCACUGUGGAUGCUGUGGGCAGGUGUGCCAACUCUUACUCCUAGCGGCACCACAUCCAUAACCCAGCCUCCUGUUCUGGUCAAUCAGGAAGUCCUUCAGCUGUUAAAGAGGAGCGGGCUCGUCUCUGCAGCCGGUUUUUCACGUGUUGCAGUGCAUUGUACAGGCGAAGACGUCACUAGUUUACGGCAGGCAUUUGAAAGGGAGAUGUCUGUAAAGAAGCUGCUAGGCAGUGGGGUGUCUGUAAACCAGCCUGGUUCUACAGACGGACAGACCUUGCUUGCCAGCGCGGCCCACGAUGGUUCUGCAAAUGUGGCCGAACUCCUCCUGACACACGGCUCUGAUCCACUGGCCAGCGAUCAACAGGGUCAGACGCCGCUGACUUUGGCUUCACGGCAGGGUCAUGUCCAAGUGUUGUCUGUUCUCCUGGAAUGGACCAAGAGCCAGAAGCCAGAAACUGCUGUGCGGAUGAUGGAGCACGUAGACAACGAAGGCUGGACGGCACUGCGCUCUGCAGCUUGGGGAGGACACGGCGAGGCCGUCCGGCUUCUGCUGGACGCAGGGGCAGACGUGGACGGAUGUGACGCUGAGGGCCGGACUGCUCUCAGAGCUGCUGCGUGGGGGGGGCAUGAGGAAAUUGUCCUGACCCUGCUGGACUACGGGGCACGGGUCGACAAAGCCGACAGCAAGGGCCGCACACCGCUCAUCGCCGCUGCCUACAUGGGACAUCACGAAGCUGUGGAGAUACUGCUGGACCACAACGCGGAAGUCAACUUAGCCGACGGAGAUGGGCGCACCGCUCUGUCAGUCGCCGCCCUCUGCGUCCCUACAGUAGCAGGGGUCAAAGGUUAUGGUGAGGUAGCAAGUCUGUUACUGGAGCGCAGAGCGGAUCCAGGACACAGAGACCAUGACGGCAUGACACCGUUGCUUCUCGCAGCCUACGAGGGCCACGACGACGUAGUUGAGCUUCUGUUAGAAGCAGGCGCUGAUAUAGAUGAGACUGCCGGCCCUAACGGCAAUGUCCCUGCCGCGGCUGCUGUUACUCCCCUGCUGGCGGCCGCGGCAAUGGGCCACAUGAGGACAGUGUCACGGCUGCUUUUCUGGGGAGCAGCUGUGGACGCCAUCGACUGCGAAGGCAGAACAGCGCUCUGCCUGGCAGCAGCGAGAGGCAGUGUCGAGGUCGUCCGCGCCCUGCUGGACCGAGGCCUGGACGAGAACCACAAGGACGACCUCGGCUGGACCCCGCUACACGCUGCAGCCUGCGAAGGCCAUCGAGUAGUGUGCGCCGCUUUGACGGAGCGAGGCAGCAUGGCACGAGUCGGAGAGAUGGACAUCGAAGGACGCACCCCUCUUAUACUGGCCGCCCAGGAAGGUCACUGGAGCACCGUCAGGCUGUUGUUGGACAGACGUUCUCCAAUUGACCACAGGGCGUACGAUGGACAUUCAGCCUUGAGUGCCGCCCUCCUGGAGGGCCACGCUGAGGUCGCGGAACUGCUUAUGAGGCGAGGGGCUGAUACCGACGUCCGGGACGCAGAGGGAAGGCCUCUUCUCUACCUCCUGGUGUUGGAGGAUCGCCUCGAAAAGGCCACUCUCCUCAUAGAGAAAGGAGGGGUGCCCCUGGAGUCCCGGGACUCCGAGGGCCGUACAGCGCUACACGUGGCUUCCUGGCAGGGGUGUGUGGAGAUGGUAGACCUACUGCUAAAGCAUGGGGCAAACCCCAACGCACAGGACGCAGAGGGGAGACCGCUGAUGCAUUCGGUGGCUUGGACAGGACAUGCCGACGUAGGACGGCGUCUCCUCGAAACCAGCGCUGUCAAUAUAGACCUCGCUUGUCACCAGAGGGCGACCGCUCUGAGCAUCGCCGCCCAGGAGGGACACACAAAUAUUGUCGCAAUGCUUCUGGAAAGAGGCGCGAAUCCCAAUCACAUGGACAAAUAUGGCCGUAGUCCAGUCAAAGUGGCCGGGAAACACGGGCACUUCAACAUCGUCAGGCUCUUGGAGAGCUACGGAGCCAAGCCAUACGUAGGCCUGUUGCCUAACUCUAGUACCGUCUCCCCCUCAAAACCCAACAAGAUCCUCUCCUUAGGCAUCUUGGAGAGUAACGGAGUCACAGCCACCACCUCCUCCUCUUCAGUAUCUUCUCCCGGCUCCACCGCAGAGCGUUUCCACUCCAUGCAGAGCUCCCAGGACUCAUCCACCUGCCACUCGUUGGCCACAGUGCAGACCGUGCCAGCAGACAGCCUCAGCUUUAUCCAGCAGAUCCAACAGCACUCGCUGCCCCGCAGUCGUAGUCGUCCCUCCACCCUCCCCCCGCCAGGGAGCUCAGGCGUGGGCAGCCUCUAUGGGAGCAGUCAGAGGCAUCCCAAAGGCAGCCCUCCUUCCACCGUUUGCACGGUUGCCGCCAUGGUGCACAACUGCGAACCGCCUCCGAAAGGCUCGUCGCCCGGACUUGAAUAUCACGACAAAAUGAACAAACAAAACUCGAACUUCAUGAAAGCAGAUAGGACUACAUACGCUGGUGGUAAAUGGCACUCAGUCAUGGCUUCCCUUGGGAUAACGCCAGGGCAAGACAGCCCCGCAGUAGGUUCUAAAAACAGAGAGAGUCCUCCUCUGGGCUACCCGUACAGGCUACAGAGCCCACGUCAAGGGGAAGCUUGGGAUUCUGUACCCGAGAAGAACAAUAUUUUGUCACCCGCUUGCUACAGUUUUUCCCCAGUCCCACCUUGUAGUGCCUUGCCAGAGGAUGUCAUGGUCGCCAUGACAACCACAGACCCGCAGCUUAACCUGAAACAGGCCAUCAAACUGCAGUUUGAGGGUCCCACCAGCGCAGCCUUAUACAAGAGAGAGACACCCCUGUGACCAAAGUUGGCCAUCGCUACACUUUCUUCACUACUUUGUUAGAGCGUGUGGGUUGAAACAAUUAGUUCAUCGACAGUAAAUAAAAUCAUUUAAAGAAAGUAAUUUAUCAAGCAAACUGCCAAAUACAUUCCAGCGUCUCAAAUAUGGAUUUGAUGUUGUUGUUUUUUUGUUUUAUAUCAUUUUAAAUUAAUAUAUUAGGGUUAAGUAAUUUAGUUAUUUUGAAAAAAAGAAUUGACACAUCAACUGAUAAUGGUUAAAUAACAGUUAGUUGCAGCCCCGGUGUGGGUAUUUAAAGGUUUUGCUGUGGUACCAAAACAAAAAUAGUCUGUGGUAGUUCAGUUUUAAGUGGACAUUUUUUGCAGUUCAAAGAGAAGGCAGGUUUCACUGUGUACAAUGACUCUCUGGGUUCAGAAGAGAGAGGAAGUGAUCCCUCUCUCCCACCCCAUUCCCCCCUCCACCCCUCCUUCCAGAGGAAGAACCAACUGAAUGACAUCAGAGCUUUACAUUCCUGCCUUUCCGUUGCCUGUUUGUUGUGCGUGUUGAGCAGGGCUCUCGCAGUGCAAGAUCACGCUUAUUCAUUUAAAGUUUAAAGCAGUCCCUAUUUAACACUCCCUAUUUUGGAACAGGUUGGGUUAAUGUUUUACAUUAUUUUUUUCUAGUAAAGAUCCCCUUUUUUUAAAGCAGUAAACAACCUUGUUUAAGAGCUUUAAGCUUGUGGCCUUGAUCUUUAUUGAAGCCUUUGCCACUUACUGUAAACUGCCCCCCCCGCCCCCAUCCUCCCAUAGGUCCAUUGCUGACAACCAAAAACAGUUUGCAGAGAUGCAAGCCUACCAAAGCCUGACCCAGUGUGGGGUUUAUGAUACAAACUCUACAAGACAAGCCAAGUGUACUGAACCAACUUGGCUCGCUCGCUGUGUGCGCGUCUGUGAGCAAGCAGGAAGCAAAGUGAAAAUUGGACCAUAAAAACUGAGGGUUGGAUGUGGGAGGCUUGUUAAUUCCAAACUUGUGUGUGUAAGAAGAAGAAGAACAAUUUCUAGUUCUUUAUCAUUUUGCAUUGGAUUAAUAUUUAAUUACAUUCAUUCAUUAAAGUGGCAAACGGUGCCAUAAAACUGUC